AAAAAAAUCACAAGUAAUUUAAAGAUUUGUACCUUUGGCUUUAAUGGUUGUACAUCCUGGAGUUUCCUUGCAGCCUCAUUGCCGGUUUCAAUCUACAGUACAUCAAGAUAUAAUCAUAUAAUUCUUCAUUACAUACACAACACAUCCUUCACCAACAUGAAGCAAUCUCUUUUACCUCUGAUGCUGCUGUUCUUACUUCUUGUCAAAAUAGGGGAAUCUGAAACGGGAAUUGCUGGAACUGGAAUCGGGUAUUUACCUGAACCAGGCGGUGGUAAUGGUGGUCAUGGGGUGGUGAGUGGUGGUGGUGGGGAUGAACCUGAGGUGGUUAUUGCGAAGGCUCUUCAAUGUUUUAGUGAUAAGCAUAUUUAUAGGAGUUGUGAAGAGUCUUGUCGGUUGACUGAGAGCGGUCAACUCAACGUGCCACCUGGAUACACCGAUGAAUACUGCAAUGGGCCGUGUUUAAAGGAGACGCAUCUUGUGCUUAAUUGCAUUGAUGAUAUGUUAUCACAUUAUGUUUUUUAUAAUCAUGCUACUGUAAAUGAUGUGAAGGAAACGAUAAAAGCGGGUUGUAGCUAUGGCCCACAUAGAGGUGAUUUUAAUGUGGCUGAACACAUUGAAGAUGAUGAAAGCAAUGCAUACAAAAUUUACUACACCAACUCUAUACUGUUUGGGUUUCAAUCUUUGUUUGUUGUUUUUACUCUAUUAUUCUGAUUUCCUUUUGUUAUUGUUUUUUUUUUUUUCUUUUAUGUGUAAGUGAGAUUUGUUUAUGUUAAAAUCAUGUCCAAUCAUAUGAUAUUUUGAAGUCACUGUAUGAAAAUCAAAUUGAUGCUCUAUAGAAAAGGUUUUUGUAAAAAUAUUAUCAAAUAAAGUUUUUACUGUUACAUUUAAAACUUAAAAUUCAUAAUAAGUAUAUUGUAAGCACCUUUAUGAAUGUCUUCGGUCAGUAGU